AUGCGACCGGUGGUUCGCAGUCCGUUUGGUUACAGCAAAGAUCUGAGAGCUGGCCUGGCAACGGCAGUGCCUCCUGUGACGCAAGAUUCAACCGGCUCGAAGGGGCCGACCGCCAUGGUUUUUCUGAACAUGGGAGGGCCGUCGACCACGGACGAGGUGGAGGACUUUCUUAGCAGGCUAUUUGCGGAUGGCGAUUUGAUUCCUCUGGGACGACUACAAUCCUACAUUGGCCCCCUCAUUGCUCGGCGGCGAACCCCCAAGAUCGUCAAGCAAUACUCGGAUAUCGGAGGCGGUUCGCCGAUCAGAAAAUGGUCGGAGUAUCAAUGCGAGGAGAUGUGCAAAAUCCUGGAUAAAUUGAACCCCGAAACCGCGCCGCACAAGCCUUACGUGGCAUUUCGCUACGCACAACCGUUGACGGAACAAAUGUAUACCAGACUACUGGAGGACGGAUUCGGAAACGGGAAGGGCGGUCGCGCCGUCGCCUUUUCGCAAUAUCCUCAGUAUUCGUGCUCUACAACGGGAAGCUCGCUCAACGAGCUGUGGAAAUGGAGAAACCGCCUCGAGGGUGUCAGGGCAAAUGGCAACACUGACCCCGCGGGAUCCAUUCAGUGGAGUGUCAUCGAUCGGUGGCCAACUCAUCCCGGUCUGGUGGAAGCGUUCGCAAGGAACAUUGAAGACCAACUCAAGACUUACCCCGAGGAGAAACGGAACGGUGUGGUUUUGCUAUUCUCUGCGCAUAGCUUGCCCAUGAGCGUGGUGAACCGAGGCGAUCCGUACCCGGCCGAGGUUGCAGCAACCGUUCAUGCAGUAAUGCAACGACUUAAUUUUAGCAACCCUUACCGACUCUGCUGGCAGUCCCAGGUGGGACCCAAGGCUUGGUUAGGAGCCCAGACGAGCGAUACGGUCCAGGAAUACGUCAAGCGUGGACAGACCGACAUUGUCCUAGUGCCGAUUGCCUUCACUAGCGACCAUAUUGAGACGCUGUAUGAGCUGGACCUCGAGGUGAUGGAAGAGGCGAACCACCCCGGCGUCAAACGAGCCGAGAGUUUGAACGGGAACCCGGUUUUCAUCGAGGCCCUUGCAGAUCUGGCUCAGAAGCACCUCCAAAAGGAUGAGAAGUGCUCGUUACAGAUGACUUUGCGGUGCCAGGGGUGCAGAAGCGAGCGAUGCUUGGAACAGAAGAAAUUCUUUGCCGGUGACAAAACUGCGUCCCUGGUCGUAUAA